AUGCAACCGGCCUGCUUGGAAGAGGAAGAGGGAGGGGUUAUCCAGCAUGCGCCUCAGGAGCAGUUGGUGCAGCCAUCUGCGUGGGGGCGUCGCAGCAACCACAACCUCAAGCUCCUCGAGGACGGCCUCACCGUCACCUACCAGCCUGCCCCCUUCCCCCUCAUAGCCGUGGCGCAAGCGGACCGACCGUUCAGCCAGCUGCAGGGGCUGUGCUACUUCGAGGUCGUCCUGGCCGAUGUGGGCAAGAGCCAGCAACUGAACAGCGUGUACGACAGGGACCUAGCGAUCGGGUUGGCGACACGGGCGCACCCGCUGGACUGCCACCUGGGGAGCAGCAACAAGUAUGCGUCCUCCCUGACACCGGUGUUGGCCCUGGCGGCUGUUGUGCUCACACCGGAUAACAACUGGCCCUUGUCGUACAGGUCGUACGGGCUGCACUGCAGUGACUACAGCACACAGUUCAAGGGCGGAAAGAAGCUGGUGUAUGUGCCCGCUCGCUCGCUCGCUCGCAUGUGGACAGUGGUGUGGUGGCCGGGCACCGUGCCUGCGCUCAAGUCGGGCGAUGUCGUCGGCUGCGGGUUCCACAACACCACCCACGACAUAUUCUUCACUCACAACGGCAAGGCCCUGCCGGGAGCACUUCAGCGGAUAUACGGCGAGCUCUACCCGACCGUCACAGUGUGCAGCAAUGGGGCACGCUUCACCGCCCGGUUCAAGCCUCCCUUCGCCUACUCCAUCUCUCUGAACUGGGCUCCCCCCGAGCUCGUGGACUACAUGCCGCGUGAGCUCGACCCACUGGCCUGCGGUUCGUCCCUGAAGCUGCACGAAGCCAACACUGUCGUGGAGUACACGAACUCGCAUGACGGCAUCAAUGGGUUGGUGCUGGCCGACCAUCCGUUCAACCCCACACAGAAGGUGUCCUACUUCGAGAUGGAGGUGGUGGACCGCGGGCAGAAGGGAUGGAUCGCCAUCGGCUUGAGCGUCUUCGACUAUCCGCUGACCCACCAUCCGGGCUGGCGCAGAGGGUCGUGGGGCUACCACGGCGACGACGGGCGUAAGUUUGGGGAGAGCGGCACGGGUGAGCCAUUCGGGCCUUCCUACACCACGGGCGACGUCAUCGGGGUGGGCCUCCAUCACCAGCGCAAGGAACUGUUCUUCACCAAGAACGGCUUUUUCCUGGGCGUGGGCUUCGUGGGCAUAACCGAGGACAUAUUGUUCCCCUCGGUCGGCCUGCACAGCUACGGUGAGAAGGUCCGGGCGUGGCUCCUCCGUAGCGAGCGGCCUAAACGCCAACAACACUUCCCAGACUUCAGGGCGUGGACACCAGAGCAGGUGGGACAGUGGCUCGAGUCGACCGUCGGCCUGGGCCAGUACCAGAAGAAAUUUGUUGAGAACGACAUCACCGGAGAAACGCUGGAGUCGCUGGGCGAUAGCGACGUGCUGAAGAAGGAGUUGGGGAUCACUAGCUUUGGCCACCGGAUGCAGAUCGUCAAGCACAUCCAAGGUCUGCUGAGCAAGGACCAGCAGGAGGGCGGGUCUGGGAGCUCCCUUUCCGACAGGGAGGACAGCACCGGCCGGGAGCGGAGCAGCAGCAGCGGUAGCAGAGAGGGCUCGGGAUCCUUCUCGCCACGACCUUCCUUACCCGACGAGCGAGCAAUGAGUCGGGUGGAGGUCAAGUACGAGGAUCUGGAGAUGGGCGAGUGCAUUGGGAAGGGCUUCUUUGGCGAGGUGCGGCGGGCAAGGUGGCAGGGCACGGAUGUGGCGGUGAAAGUGAUCUACAGGAAAUCGUUCCGAUCAGCCGACGAGUUCCAACUCUUCGAGAAGGAGGUGGCGGUGCUCAGUCUGCUGCGACAUCCCUGCAUUGUACAGUUCAUGGGGGUCUGCGUGGGGUCGAAGAACUGCAUCGUCACCGAGUUCAUGGCCGGGGGCAAUCUGGAAAGCUUCGUGCUGCUCAAGCUGGCGGUCCUCGAGCACAACCCGUAUCUCCGGCUGGACAAGCACCUGGGCGCGAAGGUGGCGGAUUUCGGGCUGUCGCGACUCAAGGGUGAGAACAGGAUGACCGAGGGUGUGGGCUUCCUGCCCUUCCAGGCACCGGAGGUGUUCAAGGGGGAGGAAUACUCCGAACAGGCCGACGUUUACUCCUUUGGCAUGGUGGUGUGGUUCCUGUUUGCCGGAAAGCAGCCGGACGAAGGGUUCGCCUCGGCGCUGCGUAUGGCCAACAUGGUUGCCCACAAGGACUACCGCCCCGCGCUGCCCGAUGGCUCACGCCCCAGCUUCAGAGAACUGCUCCGCACCAUCGAACACUACAAACAAUCCGAGAACCACAGCUCUGGAUACUUCGUACCCAACGACCCGAUCGCGACCGACCGUCCACCAGCGCCCAAGUACUCGCGGUCCGAGCCGUCGCUGGAGAGCCUGUACUAUUACGAGAGCGAGGGGGAGCACACGACCGCUUCGGGCAGCUGGGAGAGCCGACGGUCGUCGGCCACGCCCUCGCAUCACCCGGCGCACCACCAGCGCGCCGUCAACAGUGCCCCGCUCGUGCGGAGAAGUGUCGAGAACUCGGCAGCGGGCGAAGACAACGACGAAGAGUUGGCGGCUGCGGUGGGCCACAUGCGUGUGCGAGAUGCCUACCACCACUACAGCGAGGGCGACUGCAUCAGCACCGAGUGCGGGAGCCAGAGCGAGAACGAGGCGCUAUUCCACCACCACCACGGCCCGUUUGAUCAACACAGCCCCGGCGGGGAGGAGGGCGACAUCAUCGCCGCGCGCCUCUUCGGCCCCACUCCACCUCAGUAA